AUGCUUAGAGUCCCUCUCCUGUGCCUUCUGGCUGUCCGGGCCACAUUGGGCUUGAGAUUCGUCAUGUAUAUAGAUGAAUAUCAUACUGCUGCUCUCCCCGGUAAUGACCGCACAGAAGGCAUAACUCACGCGAUAAUGGCCUUUGCGAACUCCAGUAUUUUCAACUCUAACUCUUCCCCCAAGUUCGAGCCCUUUGAGCCUGUCGAAGCUAUGCGGAAGCGCUUUGUACCCGAUACCAAGGUCAUGGUUGCUAUUGGAGGCUGGGGCGAUACCAAUGGCUUCUCCGAAGGCACAAAGGACGAUGGGUCCCGGGCCCGUUACGCCAAGAAUGUCGCGACAAUGAUCGACAACCUAGGCAUUGACGGUGUCGAUACUGAGAGCUGGGCUCUGGAUAUCGACUGGGAGUAUCCUGGUGGGAACGGCGGGGAUUAUAUGAAGGUACCUAACAGCGGUAAAACGGACGAAAUCGAAACCUAUCCACUCUCUCUGCGCGCAAUUCGUGAAGCCAUCGGCCCGGACAAGCUCCUUUCAAUUGCAGAACAAGGUACCAAGAUCUGGCCGUCUGUGGAUUUGGUGAACGUCAUGUCGUAUGAUCUGAUGAAUCGUCGGGAUAAAGUCACGAACCAUCACACGAGUGUGGUGGGUUCACUCGACGCUAUCAAGGCGUAUGAAGAGAUUGGUCUCGACACUGCCAAGAUCAACCUGGGAUUCGCGUAUUACGCCAAGUGGUUCAUGACCGAUCCGAACUCUAACUGCAAUGAACAUCCACUUGGAUGCGGGGUUUUGGCCCUGGAGAACCCCAAUGGUUCAGACAAAAGCGCUAUGGCGGCUGCUCCAGGUGAUUUGAGAGUCUCCGCAGAUGGAACCUGCGGCUUUUCCAAGGGGACCAAAUGCCCGGCCGGUUCAUGUUGCAGCCAGUAUGGCUACUGCGGUUCUGGCAACGACUUCUGCCAAGCUGGCUGUCUCUCCGACUAUGGCGAGUGCAAGGGCAUCUCGGUCAUCGACUCGUGGCGUCGCGCUCUCAAGGGCGGCAAGACGGACGAGCAAGCCGGCGGGCAGUACUACUGGGACGAGCAGGCCAGCCUUUUCUGGACUUGGGACACCCCUGAGUUGAUUACUCGCAAAUUCAAAGAAAUUGUGGAUGCCGAGAAGCUGGGUGGAGUGAUGGCAUGGAGUCUUGGUGAGGACAGCCUGAGCUGGGAGCAUUUGAAGGCCAUGCAAGAUGGUCUCAGAGGCAGGUUGGUUGACCAAAACUCUCAUGCCUCGUGUGCCCGAUAUUGCAUGGUAUCGGUAAGUAGUGUAGAAUAAAGAAUGUACUUAGAUGGGCUGUCAAGAAAUAUGCCAAGCAAUGUAUUGGAAACUGAG